CAUUCGUCGCUUCGCCACCAUCCACUCGCUUGGCGUGGUCUUGCCAUCCUUAUCUCCGAUUACGUUGCGCAAGCAGGCUCCUCUCGGCCGACCAUGACGACUCCUUCACUGGACCCGCCGUCGACGACUGCGCAGGACAUUCCCCAGCCUGCCGCGUCUGCAUCGCAAGCAGCACCCGCCCACGACACGCUCUCAUCGAGCGCCGUAGAGAUGAAGACGCUCCAAUCACCCGCCAGCGCAACCGCGCCUACAGACACUGCGACGAGCAGCUCCGGAGCUCCUCAAAUUGCCCCAGUCGAGUUCACAAAUGUCAACGAGAUCAACUUGUCAGAGAGCGCACCACCCGCCGCAUCCUCGUCGGCCGCGCCUCCCGCCCGUAACGACUUGAACCGGACGGAAACUGAGGCCGCCUUGGGACCCUCCACAGAUGGGCCAGCAGCAAACCCCGACAACAGCAAUGGACCGACUGUAGUCAUCAUGCUGCUGCUUACGACGGGCGCGAGGCACCCCUAUAAGAUUGACGAGAAGUAUCUCAAGAAGCGCAAUGUCACAGUGGAAGAGAUGGACCCGUACAAUAUCAGCGUGUACACGUUGAAAGAGCUGAUAUGGCGAGACUGGCGAGAAGAAUGGGAACCAAGGCCGACCUCACCAAGCUCAAUAAGGCUGAUCCAUUUCGGUCGCAUGCUGGAUGACAAGUCCCCCCUGAAAGACUGCCGAUUCCAGACGGAAGCCCCGAACGUUGUUCAUAUGACUAUCAAACCUCAGGAGGUGGUUGACGACGAAGAAAAUGCAAAGACAGGGAAAACCUCAAAGACAAGAGACGAUGGAGAGGAGCCGACAGCUGGGUGUCGUUGUGUGAUUCUGUAAACGCACUGCUGAAGAAGCUGGCGUUACACCUCAGUCCGUGCCCUUGCGGAUGCCGUCCAGAGACUAUCACCAACCGCGCGAGAUCCUACGCGCUUCGCGUGUGAGUAUGGCAGACGACAACUGAGUCGUGGCUCUGCAGGCUUUGCUCUUUCUUUUUACAUGUCCUGUUCUUGGCCGUUCCCGUUACUCGGGUGUGUCAGAGAGGAGAUAUGGCAUACUUUCAGCACCGACCGCACGAGCACACGGUAGAG